CCCUGCGCUCCUCCACUCAAUCCACCCUACUAACUCACCCUUCGUGGUGUACGCCUCCCCGUCCUGCGCAUCGCAGCAGGAUUCAUACAGGACUGCAAUCCGAAGAGGGAGGAUUUGCGCUAGAAAGUAGCAGAUGGAAAGAUAUGUUGGUUUUUGGGCGUGCACCAAGAAACGUGGUGGUUUCGGACUGAACAGGAAGCACACAUGAUUCUAGUUUAUCUUUAUUUGCGAGACAUGGCUUUAGAGGAAUCUUACAUGUUACAUGUAAGAUCAUGGACAACGGAAGACUUCACAUAACACGUCAUCUAGAUUGAAUUGUUAUUAUAGAGAAAGACCCGUAAAAAACUCGCUCUUUUUAGUGUGAAAUGAAAAGAUACCGUAAGAUAUAAGAUCACUUUAUCACACUUCAGCUAUCCUUAAAAUAUGAAAAGUUUAGCAAAUGGCUUCUUCUGUUAUCAUAUCUCUUUUCCUGUGUUCUGAUUAAUAAUAGUUGUUAGUUAUCAUGAUAACAAUCUUAUCAGGCUUAAGAAACUGACAUGUUCUCAACAAUUCAGUCUGUGGAACCAUAUCUUUUAGGUUUCGAAGUUACCAAAUGAAAGAGAAGCUAUUUAUGGUGCAUUGGACAAGUGGAGUGCUUUUGAACCUGAAUUUCCUAUUAUAGCAGCAGCAAAAGCUUUGGGGAUGUUGAAAAGGCGACGACAAUGGUUAAGAAUAAUCCAGGUAACCAAGUGGUUGAUGAGCAAAGGACAGGUGCUGACAUGGACAACAUAUGAUACACUUCUGCUCGCACUUCUUAUGGAUAAACGGGUAGAUGAAGCUGAGUCAGUUUGGAACACUGUAAUACAGACUCAUACCCGCUCAGUGCCCAAGAGGUUGUUCUCUCGGAUGAUCUUGAUCUACGACAUUCACCAGCGUCCAGAUAAAGUUUUGGAGAUAUUCGCGGAUAUGGAGGAAUUAGGUGUGCGUCCGGACAAGGAUACAGUGAGACGGAUCGGAAAGGCAUUCGUGGCUUCCGGCCAAGAAGAAAAAGAGAAGCAUGUCUUGGAGAAAUACUUGAAGAAGUGGAAGUACAUCCAUUUCAACGGUGAGCGCGUUCGCGUGCGGAGGGACGGACCAUUGGCGUAGUGCCCGUUUUCUGAAAAAUGCUCGAACCUAUCAGAGUAUCGUGCCGGUAGGCGGUAGGGCAGGGGCGAAGCUGUUACUGCCGAUGUGACAGUCAGGCACAUGGAUAUCGGCACUAGUCCCUAUCCUAUGUGGAAUGGAACGGAAACUGGAGAUUGGUUCCAUGGCUCUAGCCUGUGGAGGAGACGAGCGGAUGGGGGGUGGCUGGCUACUACCGGCGAGAUAGUGAUUUAAUAGGCACUACAUAGGCGUCCAGUGAUUGUGAUGGCUUUAACUUGCGUAUGUGCCUGCGGAAUGGUCCCGUGCUAUUUUGGUGAUUUGUGCUUGUGAAAUUGUGAACACCCACUGGAAAGUGUAUAUCAUGAGAGGGACGAUACCUGACGGCUGGGCCCAUGUCUUGCUGAUUUCACGCAACGAACCAUUUUCUG